AUGGCUUAAAGCUCUUUAAAACUCUUUACAAGUGUUUACUUCUCAAACCCACGUUUUUCGCUUAUCUAGUUUUAUUUUUUCGUUUAUUGAUUUAAUUUAUUUCGUUCUUUAUUUUUUUCAACUGAUAUUAAUAUCAAUUCUCAAAGAAUAUGGACAAGCAACAGAAAAUGAAGAAGAUUUCUGAACUUCGAAGCUCUAUAAGACCAGCUAAAAGAGCUUUACUCGCUACAACUAAAAAACGAAUCAAACAUUUGUUGGCCAAAAAGGAAGAGAGCAAGGAUCACAUUAUCCAAACUAAAUUUGAGAAAGAAAUUAAAUCUGCAAGAGGAACAAUAGGAUGCCUUAAAGCACUUCAAACUACUGAGAUCAUCAAAUUUGGUCUUCGCACGGAUAUUGCUGAAUUGCAAGCUAUUUUACAAAGAGGACAAGCUGAUGUGAAUACACGAGCAAUGGCUCGUCUAUGUAGCAAGAAAAUCGUUCAAAAUGCUUUCCAAGAAUUCAAAGUUCACUAUCCUGACUGGAAAAAGCUGUCUAUCUCUGAAUUUAAGGUUGGAAAAGGGGUUAAAAAGUCCAACCAAACUGAUAAAAAUAAGAAGAAAAAUAAAGACAAAAAGGCUUUGAAACCACGAAAGAAUAAGGAUAAGGAAGAUAAGGAACUUUCUAAUGAUCAAGAUGAAGUCAAGGUUGAAAAGGCCCCAAAGAAAAAAGCUUCAUCACCCGUUACGAAGAACGAGCAAUCAAAAGUUCAAUCUCCCAAAAAAGUCCCAUCACCCAAAAAAGUCCCAUCACCCAAAAAAGCUCCAUCUCCUAAAAAGCCGGCAGAAAAUCCUGACGAAUCUAAAGAUGCAAUCAAAUCCUCGAAGCCCUCGAAAAUUAAGGGCAAAUCUAGCACUUCUCCAGUUAAGUUGACUCCAUCUCCAGCUAAGAAGCUAAAUAAGAGAAAAAAAGUUUCUGAUGUCCUCUCUAAUGUCAGCUCUACUAGAGAGUCCACCGGACUUUCAGACAAGACUCCGAAGAAGGUAAAAUUUGACGAUGAAUUGACCAAAACUCAAAAAAAUAAAAGUCUACCGGAAUCAACGCCUAAAAGUGAACUCAAGCCUAUAAUUAAAAAGACACCAUCUGAGACUAAACAAAAAAUUCAGAAACCAACAAGAGGCAAGAACUUGCCAGAACAAAGAAGAAGAAACAAACUCAAGCUGUAA